UUAGCUCCGGACGUGUUUUCUCAAUAAACGGUCUUUCUGUUUUUUUUUUUUUAUAAACGAAUGAGGAUGAGGAAAAUAGGAAAAGAAGAAUUCCUAUUAGAAGAUAAAUGAAAAGGCCAUAAAUAAUGAUUAAAGUGAUAGAGGUUGCUUGAUAUUUUCAAUAUGUGUAACUAGUUCGACCGAAAUGCUAAGUGGUUAAGAACGUAAAAGUAAAUGAAAUUGUGAAAAAAGAAAAUUUCUUUUAAUGAAAAAAAAGGCCUAAUGAUGUGGAAAUAAAAAAUAAAGAAAACCGAAUAAACCCAACGCCAAUAAGUGUGCUUGUUGUUGUUGUUGCAGUGUGUGAGUAAAGCUUGUUUCUUGACGGAGUUCACUUGUGUGGCUCACCUUAUAUCCCCCACUCCCUGCCUCUUGCGUUUGAGUUUUAGUGAGCGUAGAGAGGGUUUACUGUUAACAGAAAAAAAAUAAAACAAAUGAGUUGAAAGAGAUGGAAUGGAAUGGAAUGAAAAAUAAAUAAAAGAAUCAAUGAAUGAGUGCUGGAGGAAGGGUAUAAAAAAGAAAGAAAAGAUAUUUGCCAUUUUUACAAGCCCAGAGUGUGUGUGUGUGCGUGUCUGUUUGUUUGUUUCUUGACCAGCCAAAGAAGAAUGUAAAUGCCAAGACAACUCUUCAACUCUUCGUGUUUGUGUGUUACCUUUGCGCCGCGAAUAUCAAUGCCAUAAGAAAAGUGAUGAUAAUAAAACAUUGGCAAAUUAAAAUCUCAUUAAAAGUAAUUUCAACAGUACCCUCCAUUGCUGUUGUUGUUUUCGUGCUACAAAUACCUUGCUUGAGAAAAUACCAGCCCAAAAUUCCUCUGGCCCACUGGAAUACGAGAGGAAACGAAGAGGAAGAAGUGUGUGGAAAAGUGACAACCUCAAAGAAGAAAUCAAAUCAAGCAUCAAAGUGUUAAAUUCAAAUAAUCAAAGUGUAAAUCAAAGAAGAAGGAAAAACCUCAUCUGAACAAAUAAUCAAGAGAAGGGCGCCUGCAGGCGCACCAGGCAAAUUAAUAAUUCAAUGAAUUUUGUAUUCCCAGAAAAAUGUGUGUUUAGUGUUAAAAAAAGUGAAAAAAAUAUUUAAAUUAAAAGCAGAAGAAAAAAAGAAAAGUAGCUUGAGAAAAAAAUUUAUUACCCAGAGAUAAGCAGCAAAGAAAAAAUAAUUUAUUUUUAUAAUAUUCCAUACCUGUUGCGUUAAACGUUUCGCGUCGCGUCGCCUCACAUUCAUUGUUGAGUGCUGCACCUCAGCUUAUUUUUUUUUAAGUUUGUCUUUCGUGGUCAAUCUCGAUCGUUUCGUUUGCGUUCAUUGAAAGUUUGUGCCAGCCGCUUGCUGUUUGUCGUCAUCAAAAUAGCCGCUUUUCAUCGACAUCAACGUCGCUGCCGCCGCCGCUGCUGAAAGUUGCUGCCACUGUUUGUGAUAAAUCGUUUUUUACACGAGUGUUGUAAUGUAAGAUAUUCUACAUGUGCGUCAUGGUAUGAAGGAGCCGACGACUAACAACUUGGACGAUAUUGUGCCUGGCAGGUUGACGUCAGCCGAAUUAAGGGCGAUGGCACUUCGUCAACAACAACAAAUUGACUCCCAACAUCAACUGUUGGCCACCAAAGAGCAGCGUUUACGCUUUCUGAAACAACAAGAGGUCCGCAAUGCCGUUGCCAAUGCCGAGGGCGAGCGUUUGAGACGAUUGCGCGAACGUGUCGAGGCUCAGGAAUCCAAGCUGCGACGUUUGCGUGCGUUACGGGGUCAAGUGGAUUUACAGAAGACCUAUAAUGUUACCUUGAGCAACGACUUGGACUCCAUUCGAGCACUGUUUAGUGAAAAAGAGAAAGAACUGAGUUUGGCAGUGGCCAAGGUGGAAGCACUUACCCGACAAUUGGAAGAUUUGAGACGUGACCGAAGAUGUCCCAUAAAUUUGAUAGCCGGUGGCAGCACCACCGGUCAACCAUUACCGCCGCAGGCGUCAAGGGAGUUGGAGAAGCUAAGAAGAGAACUAAUGUAUCGCAAUCAAUUGUCACUGCAGCAAGAUGCUCGACUGCAUUUACAAAGGGAAGCCCUACAACAAAGACAAGCCGAAUUGAGAUCUGUGGAUCAACGAAUUUAUGAGCUGCAGACGCGAUUGCAGCGUAAAAAGGCGGCCAAUGUACAAACCAGCCAACAGCAGCAGCAGCAGCAGCAACAGUUGCAACAGCAGCAGCAAGCGAAUCAAAAUCUUGCCGUCCCACAACAAAAUCAGCAGCAGCAACAACAACAUGCCACAAAUCAAAAUCACAAUGCCUAUAACUCCACCACAGGUGGCGGAGGAGGGGUUGUGGAUGCUGGCAGCGUUAGCUAUCCCACCACCGCCCAUUUGGCCCCUAAAACAGGCGUGGCAGCUCUCAAACAACAACUGCUGCAGAAGCAAGCCAAUCAGGCGGCCAACAAUGGUCAAGCGGCGGUGACAUCAUACAACAACAAAUUCGCCAACAUUAUCAAUCGGGCCAAUGAGAAUCGUGGCAAUUUGGGUCGUGGCAAUGUGGCCGCCGUGGAACCCUACAUUCAUACACCUCAAAAGUCCACCAUAACGCCCACCUCUUCCUACCUGGGCAAUAUACUGAAACAUGCGGCCGCCACUGCCAACACCAAUCAGCAGAAUCAGCUGAUACAGGAACAUGCCCAUGCCAAACUGAAUCUGGCCAGCCAUGCUGCCAAUAAUGGACCCCCACACCUGGGCGGUGCUGGUGGAAGCACCAAUAACACCAGUCCCAAUUUCUUUAUGGCCGAAAGUGAUGAAUCGAAAUUGGCCAAGAAAAUGUUGACAGCGGCCAUAACCAGCAGUAAACUGCAUAGCUCAGAGGCGGCACCACAAACCAGCAGCGGCGGCGGCAGCACCAGCACCACCGACGGCCCAGCCAAAGUGGAUACUUCCCAUCACAUUUAUGCCGAGGUGGGGCCAAAAAAGCGAGAUCUGGUCAAGGAGGUAGCCGCCAAUUUGGAGGCUCAACAGACCACACCCUCGCAGAGCACAACCAGUAAAAUUCCCAAAAGCAUUAGUAGUACCACCACCUCUGCCUCGGCCCUGAUCAGUAAACUGAACAGUGCCGCCCAUAGUAGCUCUCAUAUGGGUGCGGCGGCCACGCACAUACCUCAGCGCGAAAAAUCCGAUUUGGAAAAGAAAACGGAGAUAUCGGUGACAAGUGAAACACUGCUGGAGAAAAAUACCCAUCAGCUAACGGUGCACAGCAUGCCUUUGGGAGCGGCCAACAAAUCAGUGGCCACUGGAGUUGCAGCGGCUGCUGACAAUGCGGCGCCCAACGCGACUAGUUCGAAGGCCUCCAAGCCUUUAACGUUAGCUGGCAAUUUGGCAGUACCUCCCCGCAAGCCUAUUAGCAGUGUGGCUCCCACAUCGGUUUCAAGCUCCAUACCCAAAAUGAUAACCUACAGUCCAAAAGUUAACCGAGUGGCGCCCAACGUGGUGGUUAGUAGUUCAUCUUUAGCUCAUACAGUGUCUACAACGACGCCAUCAAAUGCCGCCACAGCCGCAAAUUCUGAUCGCCCUGCUUUGCCUCCCAAGCCUCAUAAAAUGUCGGGUAAUGAAGUGACAAACGAAGGCGCCAGUAAUGUAAAGCGAACAAGCGCAGAUACGGCAGUCCCCUCAUCCUCCUCCUCCUCCUCCACAGCCACAAACUCCAAUGCCUCUACCUUGCCCAUACAAAAUAUUAACGAUAAUCUCCCCAUAAAGGCAAAGCCUUUGACCAUCCGCAAACAACCUUUGUCCGAGCAACCACGUCUCAAGUCCUCCACUGCCUUGGCUAAGCCCACCAAUGGUCAAGUGAAUCCAAGAAAGAGCGAACUGUUCAACGAAAGACGAUCUUCGCAUCCUGAGAUAGCAUCGGAAAGCAAUAGCGAAUCUAAUUCCACACCUCAGUACUCACCCAAUUUGAUGCAGCAGCAGCAGCAUCAGCAAUCCCAACAAUCACCCAGUACCCUAUCACCUCAAUCUCAAUCUAGCCUAGAUGAACCUGAUCGCACAGAGGCUGCACCUGCUCCACAACAGUCCCCACCAGAGGAUAAAUCACCCGAAAGCCUAAAGCGUCGCCUGCGCAGCAUGUCGGCCGGCAACAAUAGCAGCUCCACCGCUGGCAAUGGCAAACCCAAGUUGGCGCGCCGUGUCAGUUUUGAUCCUUUGGCUCUGUUGCUGGAUGCCAGUUUGGAGGGUGAACUGGAGUUAGUUAAGAAAACUGCCAUGCAAGUUGCCAAUCCCAGUGCGGCCAAUGAUGAGGGCAUCACAGCGCUGCACAAUGCCAUUUGUGCGGGCCAUAUUGACAUAGUCAAAUUCCUUGUUGAAUUUGGUUGUGAUGUCAAUGCCCAGGACUCGGAUGGCUGGACGCCGUUGCAUUGUGCUGCCAGUUGCAAUAAUUUGGCCAUGGUUAAAUUUCUGGUGGAAAAUGGCGCUUGUCUAUUUGCCGCUACUUUGUCGGACCACGAAACACCUGCCGAAAAAUGUGAAGAGGAUGAGGAAGGUUUCGAUGGAUGCUCCGAGUAUUUGUACAGCAUUCAAGAAAAACUUGGCAUACUUCAUAAUGGUGAAGUGUAUGCUGUAUUCUCGUAUGAGGCACAAAAUAGCGAUGAAUUAACGUUCAAUGUCAACGAUCGCCUCAUCAUAUUGCGAAAAGGCGAUGAUGCGGAAAGUGAAUGGUGGUGGGCGAAAAAUGAACAAAACGAGGAGGGCUAUGUGCCACGCAAUCUGUUGGGACUCUAUCCCAGAGUGCCACCGCAGACCACAAAUUAUGCUGAUUAGCAGUUAAUACGAUUUUGCGUUUUGAAAAAGAAAGCCGGACGUCUGAUACAGAAACGUUACAUAUCAAAGUUUUUGUAAAUGUUGUUGGGGUGGUUGUGCAGCAGAGUGAUGACAGCAUUGGCACAACCAUGCCAAGCAUCAUUCUAUCUUUCUCUCUCUCUCACACACACACAGACAUGCAAGCAAUAAAACAAAAAUCCAACCAAAUGAAUUUGACCACAAAAGGAAACGGAAGUGCAUAUUAUUUGACAUGGAAACGGAUGUUUUUACUAAUUGUUCAAAUUGCGAAUAAGCCUAAGGACCAUAGACUACAACCACAACAACCAAUAAAACAAAAACAAACAAAUGAACAACAAAAACUAAUUUGACAACAUAUGUGCAACAUACAAAGCGUUGUUUGUUUUUCCUUUCUUCUUUGGAACAAAAGAAAAAGCAACCACAAUUAUUUAAGGAUUCAUGCUCGAAGUUUAACACCAAUUUUUUUCAAAACUUCAUAGAGGAUAAUAACAAAUAAAACAACAACAAAUGGAACUUACUAAUUUAAGCUCUAGGCCACAAACAAAUAAAACAAUAAUAAUGAUAAUAAGGCAUAAUAUAAUUAACAACACAACAAAAGAAACACAUACACCUACAACACACCUUACAUUUAUAGAUAUCUGCAUACAUACAUACCUGCAUUCAUACACUUAUACGACACGCAUCUAUGAUAUAUUUCCAGCAUAUCUACAAUAUUUUUUUUUUUAAUUUUAGUACUACCUUUUAAUGAUUGUAUUUUUAUUAUCGAAUAACUUACUAAUUGCAACUAAUUGAAAAUCAUUGAUUCUAAUUAGUCUAAAACAUUUUCAAAUUAAUAAAUCUUUAGCAUUUAAGUGAAACACCUAUGAAUUCAGAAAAUGCCUACGUUGACAAAAAAUAUUUGCAAAACACAAAAAAAACGGUUUAUUAUUCUUUGCCUAAUUAUUGUGAUUUACAUGGUUUUUUCGUUUUUGUAAAAUUUAAACACUUUAACAAUAACAGCAACUCGAAAUCAAAAAUUACUAUUUAAU